AUGGUGCACGCCCGAGACGGGCGUGUACUCCUGGUGGUUGGAGGAGGAGCCGCGGCGGUUUCCACCUUCGAAUCGGAGACAUGGUUUGAGGGAUUGGUUUCCGGCGGCAAGGACCGUUCGCCAGUCACCGGAGGAGGGGAUCCGUUGGACAUGACAAGGGAUAUUAAAUUAGGGUUUAGGGGAAGUCAGUGUGAGUUUACACUUGGAGAAUCAUGA